CCAGUCUUUGUCUUGAACUGACCCACGGCCACCAACAGUGUGUAUAGCAGAACUCUAGCUUUCAACCAUCUUUUCUUUUUUAAUCUUAACACCAGUUAACAUACGAAACCCUGUUUUCUCUCCCUCUAAACCACCCAUCAUCACCCUCCAUUGUCUUCUCUCUCUCUAAAGAGAUGAGUGCAGCCAACAAUGGAACCGGGCCAUGCGGAGCCUGUAAGUUCCUCAGGCGAAAAUGCGUGAGAGGGUGCGUGUUCGCGCCGUAUUUCGACUCGGACCAAGGCACGGCUCACUUCGCGGCGGUGCACAAGGUGUUUGGCGCCAGCAAUGCUGCCAAGUUGCUGCAGGGAACGCCGGUUCACAGGCGUGUCGACGCCGUGUUCACGCUUUGUUACGAGGCUUUAGCUAGGGUUAGAGACCCUGUUUAUGGCUGUGCUGGCCAUAUAUUCACCCUCCAACAGCAGGUAGUGAAUUUACAGGCAGAGUUAGCCUACAUUCAGGCCCGACUUUCGACGUUGCAGUGUCUCUCUCUAGUGCUGCCGCAGUCGCAGGCUGAAUGCCGAUCGCCGACGACGUUUCAUUCCGCGUCGGAAUUAGGAUCUGACUUGGUAUGUUCUUCUGAUACAUCCAUGAACGUCUUUGAUCUGCCACAACCGCAACAGACUUCAAUCGAACUCGCGGGUUCUCCAAAUCCUUUCAAUCGAGUAACGGAAGACGAAGACCUUCAAGCUUUAGCCUGGGAACUCGUCUCCCAAUGUCACCCCGGUGUACGAUUCCGGCCUUCAACUUCUGGCUAAUUGAAUUUUCCGAUUGUUGUUUAAGUUUUGAUGUGGUUUGUCACGGUUAACCACUAUUGAUUUCUGGAAUGUAAUGAAACUGUCACAUGUUUGGCUUUAGACACCUAAAAACAACCCAACUUUGCAAA